UAUGACCACCUGGAUGCAGACUGGCUGGGGAUGCCCCCCCUGCCCUCCCCUCGUUGCCUCUUUGGCCUGGGAGAAGCAGAGAACUCCAUUUUUGUGGUCGGAGGGAAAGAACUGAAAGAGGGAGAGAAGACCUUGGAUUCAGUCCUGUGCUACGACCGGCUGUCCUUCAAGUGGGGUGAAGCUGAUCCCCUUCCCUAUGCUGUCUAUGGCCAUGCAGUGGUGUCACACAAGGACCUGGUCUACGUCAUGGGUGGCAAAGGAAGUGACAAGAAGUGCCUGAAGAAGAUGUGUGUCUACCACCCAGCCAAGUUUGAGUGGAAGGAGCUGGCUCCCAUGAAAACUGCCCGCUCCUUGUUCGGAGCCACCGUGCACAAGGACAAAAUCUACGUGGCAGCUGGUGUGACUGACAGUGGCUUGACCAACUCCAUGGAAGUCUAUGACAUUGCCACCAACCAGUGGGACACCUUCCCUGAGUUCCCUCAGGAGCGCAGCUCAGCCAGCCUGGUGAGCUUGGCAGGGGUGCUCUACCUGCUUGGAGGCUUUGCCACCGUGGAGACAGAGUCAGGAGAGCUGGUGCCAACGGAGCUGAACGACGUUUGGAGGUACGAUGAGGAGCAGAAGAAGUGGGAAGGGGUCCUCCGGGAGAUCCAGUACGCCUCGGGUGCCACCUUCCUGCCCGUGCGCCUCAACGUCCUGCGCCUCACCAAGAUGUAG